AAUGACAGUUUUCACUAAAAAUUAAUAAAGAUUUAGGCAUGCUGGGAGGGGUAAAAGCGUAAACCAGCCACCAUCGUCUUCGUGUAUAGGGUUUUUCUGACAUCACUCAAACUAGCCACCAUCACCAAAACUGUUACGCCGUUCAGUAUGCGGCAAUGAUAAACAGAACUCACCACUAGCAUUUUUCCGUCACCGUUAGCAAUGAGGUAUUCACGUUUUCUACAAUUUUCACGCUUCCGCAAAACCCUAACUCAAAACCCUAAUUUCACUUCUCCUCAAAUUUCAAGACCCUAUAUUGUUUCACCAAAUCAACACCAAUGGAAUCAAAAACCCCAAUGCGAAUCUACCUCCAUACGCAAUUACAACACCGCGUCACCGGAUUCCGAAAAGGUGUCCGCGAUUGUGGACGAACUCAUGGGAUUAACGCUACUGGAAGUGAUGGACCUCGUUGAUGUGAUGAGAGAGAAAAAGGGGAUCAACGAGCUUCCAAUUAUGAUGUUGAUGGUGCCCGGAAUGGGAAUCAGAGGCUUGCCGAAGGGUUUGGGUGGAGCUAAAGGUGGUGGCGGAGAAAAAGGAGAGGAGAAGAAGGUUGAGAAGACAGCGUUUGAUGUGAAGCUUGAUGGUUUUGAUGCUGCGUCGAAGAUUAAGAUUAUAAAGGAAGUUAGGACUUUUACUAGUUUGGGUUUGAAGGAAGCUAAGGAUUUGGUGGAGAAAGCGCCUACUCUAUUGAAGAAAGGUGUGACAAAGGAGGAGGCAGAGACUAUUAUUGCCAAGUUGAAGGAGGUUGGAGCAAAAGCUUCCAUGGAAUAAUAAGCUGCCUAGGAAAAAGCCAGGAUGGAAAACAAAACAUGGCGAAGAGAUUUUGUUUUUGUAGCAGCUAGUUCCUCACGCCCAUGUUUCCAUUGGCAGGGGAUGGAAGUCAUUGAAGGUCUUCUCAUAAUGCAGAGAUGUUAUAUUUGUAUUUGAAAACUUAGCUGAGCUCAUUAUGAUCGUACCUCUCUCUCUGUCAUUUUUAUUUUUCCUUUGUAUCAGGUUCUUUUUGCUCUAAUUUUUUUUUAAUCAUUUUUCAACCAAUGUUGUAGAAUUGAUUUAUGAUGGAGUUUUAGACACAAUUGGAUGUCCAGUGAACCACAAUAACCACACAAUCAUUUGUAAUGCCUAAUGAGCAGCUGAAAAUUUGAUGUUACCAAACUUUUUUUGCUGUGCA